AUGUCUCGUCGGGGCACAAGGAGGCACCAGCAGGCCUCCUCAGACAGCGGCAGCGACUCUGAUGGGGCGCAGAGGGCAGUCGCCGAAGCCCUGUACCUCUCCCUGCAGCUGGCGGCGGGCCUGCGGCGCCCCGCCGACUUUGCGGUGGCGGCGCUCGAGCUGGCUGCCAUAGUGCGGCACCUGUAUGCCGAGCGGUGCAGCAAGCCGGUGCAGGCGCUGAUAUUGCAGGACGUGGCGCUGGCGAUAGACACCUGCGAUGCGCGGCUGCAAAGCCGGGCAGCGCUGGCUUCGCUGAUGGAGGCUGCGGAGCGUCACCUGCCACAGGCCAAGCGCAAGGAUCUGGCGCGGCGGUACAAGAGAAGCAGCAUGCAGCUACGCAGGCGUGAGCGCCGCGGGCCGCAGGGCAGCAGCGCUGCGGCGGCGGGAGGGGCCGGGAGCGGCGACGAGAGCGACGGCCCCGACGAGCAGCAGCCAGCCACCUUUGAACACCUGCCACUUGAUGUGAUGGCUCAUGUUCUGCGGUAUCUGGAUCCAAUCACACUGGCCCGAGCCGCCUGCGUCAGCCGAGAGUGGAGGGACGCAGCCUGCGCCGACGCUCUGUGGCAGCCGCACUGCGCCUGCAUCCUCGGGGCGGCCAGAAGCCCGACCGCAGCGGGGCCGGUAGCAGGUAGCACCGGCGCGCCUGGCGUCAGCAGCAGCAGCUGCCGCCAGCUGUUUGCUGCGGCGGCCGGGCAGCAUCCGCAGCGGCUGCUGCGCUGGCGCACCAACCGUGUGGUGCUGGUUGGCGGCAGGCUGGGCUGGCUGGCAGAAGGACGGCGGCCGCAAGGCAGCCAGUGUCGCCACGUCAGCACCGCCGCUGUUCUCGCCUUCCUCAAGUCGGGCGGCAGGAGGGUGGGCCAUGCACCCACCAGCGGCAGCAGCGGGGAGGACAGCGGGAGUGGCGGCGAGGCGAAGGCCGACCUGAGCAGCCGGCUCAAGUUUUGGCAGCUGGGGUGA